AUGAGAGACAGACAGUAGAUAGGAAAAGGCAAAAGUAGAUGAGACAUAGAGGAAAUAAAAGAGGAGGAGAAACCAGGUGAAGAACAGAGGCAAAACCUGCCAAGGAGGAACAGAUGAACACAUGAAUGAGGGGAGUUUGUGAAACAUUUGGAUUUAAAUGAUCUUCAACUUCAUCCCUCUCUCCAUCUGACUGCUGGCAUCUGUGGUAACGGACCUGAUUAAGGGAUGACUUCAGUACCUGGUUGACUAGGCUUUGUAUAAGGUGAGAGGAGCGCAGGAUCACCAGGCGGAGGGCGCCUCCUCACCUGUUGAUUCUUUCCCCUCCAUUUGCCUCACGUUCCUGAUCCCUGCGCACACGGACCAUCUCUCACCAUCUCACGGUUUUCAUCUCUGGGCUUCACUGUGAGGACGGCGACGUCACAGACUGCCAAUGCUGAGGAGGAACUGUCUUCUGCUGUUCCUGUGCUUCCUGUUUGAAGAGAGCUUCUUUUCUCCCCUCCACUCACCACCACAGCCACAGAGCAGGCUAAGUAAGGAGCGGGACUGGGGCCUGGCAAGGCCGUCUUCAGCAGUGCACAAUGGGCGGUCUGGGUUCCAGAGGGUUAAGAGGGGCUGGGUUUGGAACCAAUUCUUUGUGCUGGAGGAGUACAUGGGCUCUGAUCCCCAGUAUGUGGGCAAGCUACACACUGACCUGGAUAAAGGGGAGAGUGCGGUGAAGUACACUCUCUCAGGGGAGGGGGCAGGGACCAUCUUCACUAUCGACCAGACCACUGGGGACAUCCAUGCCUUACGGAGUCUGGACCGGGAGGAGAAGCCUUACUACACACUCCGUGCCCAGGCUGUGGACCUUGAGACCAACAAACCUCUGGAGCUUGAGUCUGAGUUCAUUAUCAAGGUCCAAGACAUCAACGAUAAUGAGCCGAAAUUCCUGGAGGGGCCUUAUAGUGCCAGUGUCCCUGAGAUGUCCCCAGUGGGUACAUAUGUGAUGAAAGUGACAGCCACGGAUGCAGAUGACCCUACAUAUGGCAACAGUGCCCGAGUGGUGUACAGCAUUCUACAUGGUCAACCAUACUUUUCUGUGGACCCUAAGACAGGUGUGAUACGUACAGCUUUGCCCAAUAUGGAUCGGGAAGUAAAGGAACAGUACCAGGUUCUGAUCCAGGCCAAAGACAUGGGAGGCCAGUUGGGGGGUCUGGCUGGGACAACCACUGUCAACAUCACCCUGAGCGACGUCAACGACAAUCCACCCAGGUUUUCCAAAAGUAUUUUUCACCUGAGGGUCCCUGAGUCUUCAGCUGUGGGGUCUGCAGUGGGCCGGAUCAAAGCUCAUGAUAUGGAUAUAGGAAAAAACGCCGAGGUGGAGUACAACAUUGUCCCCGGUGACGGAGGAGUCAUGUUUGACAUCACCACCAAUGAGCACAAUCAGGAGGGUAUCAUAAUCCUCAAACGGCCUCUGGACUAUGAGACGAAAAAAGCCUAUACGUUUAAAGUGGAGGCAUCCAACGCCCACCUGGAUCCUCGCUUCCACAGCUUCGGCCCGUUUAAGGACACGGCGACGGUCAAGAUUAACGUGCUGGAUGUGGACGAGCCGCCUGUCUUUAGCAAGCCCUCCUAUGUAAUGGAAGUGUAUGAGGACACGCCGGUGGGCAUUAUUAUAGGAGCCGUGACCGCACAGGACCUGGAUGCAGGGAGCAGCCCUGUCAGAUAUUCCAUUGACUGGAAGAGUGACCUGGACAGCUUUUUUGACAUUGACCCUGUGGAGGGAACCAUCUCCACUAAUGAACUGCUGGACAGGGAGAGUAUCUCACAGCACAACAUCUCCGUGGUGGCGACUAAAGCUAACAACCCCGUUUUGACGAGCAGAGUGGCUGUCACUGUGCAUGUGCUGGACAUCAAUGAGUUUCCCCCAGAGCUAGCGACUCCCUAUGAAACGUUUGUGUGUGAAAAUGCCAAAGUAGGACAGGUGAUUCAGAGUAUCAGUGCUAAGGACCAGGAUCUGCCACCUGCAGGUCAAAAGUUCUCCUUCAGAUCCCCUCAAGAGGGGGUGAAAACCAAGAACUUUACAAUUAGGGACUUUGGAAACAACACAGCAGGGAUAGUGACACUACGUGGAGGUUUCCGCCGGCGCUCUCGGGAGCUUUAUUAUCUACCAGUUGUGAUUGAGGACAGUGGCUACCCAGUCCAAAGCAGCACCAACACGCUGACCAUUCGCGUCUGUGGCUGCGAUUCGGCCGGAUUCCUACUCACCUGCAACGCUGAGGCCAUCUUCCUCCCUGUGGGCCUGAGUACGGGAGCACUCAUUGCUAUCCUGCUCUGCAUCGUCAUACUGCUGGUGAUUGUGGUGCUUUAUGUGGGGGUCCGACGCCAGAAGAAAAAAGAGACGCUGAUGACAUCCAAAGAAGACAUCCGUGACAAUGUUAUCCACUACGAUGAUGAAGGGGGUGGAGAGGAAGACACUCAUGCCUUUGAUAUGGGCACAUUGCGUAACCCCAAGGCCAUCAAAGAGAACCUGUUCCGUCGGGACGUCAAACCCGAGGUCAGGCCGGUGCCACGGCAACCACCACCUCCAACCGCAACCUCCUCAUCUCAAGACAAUGCAGACGUCUGCAACUUCAUACACCAGCGCCUGCAGGAGCAUGACAGAGACACCUUAGCCCCGCCCUACGACUCAUUGGCCACCUACGCUUAUGAGGGUGAGGGCUCAGUGGCUGAAAGCCUCAGCUCCAUCGAGUCUCUGCCUGGGGAGGCAGAUGAAGACUAUGAUUACCUCAAUGAAUGGGGGCCUCGGUUUAAAACACUUGCAGGGAUAUUUGGAGAGCGCUCAGAGAGCCAAUCCGAUAUAACCUCCUCCACAACCACAAUAAUGAUGACUGAAAACAAACAUUGA